AAACAAUUUCAUUACGGUCCAUGUCACUUUUUGUGUAAUAGACGUGGAUUCGAUUUUUUGUACAACAAUUUUGUUGUGUUCCCUUUGCCUCUCCGUUCCGCGGACAAACCAAAAUAUAAAUUCAAUUAAAAUAUGUAGGUACAUAACUAAUAAUAUGUUUAAAUUUAUAUGUAUGUACCAAAACCAAAACAAGUUCAGCUUUACCGACAAAUGGAAUUAAUAUUAUCAAUUCAAGGUCAGAACAUUUGUAUUUUAAUCAGUUGGCUUUGCCCCCUGCCCGCCUACAAGUCGCUCAGUGAUAAUCAAUAAAUUAAAUCAUGGCAUCGGCGAUCUUAAAGUUAUUAAAAUCUGAAUCCCAGCUCGUACUGCGUCGCUCAUAUAGCAGCUCUGCUCCAACCACAAAGCUGUAUAUUGAUGGACAAUAUGUAGAUUCAAAAACUACCAAUUGGAUUGAGCUGACCAACCCAGCAACUAAUGAAGUAAUUGGCAGGGUGCCAGAGGCAACUCAGGAUGAAUUGACUUCCGCUUUGGAUGCAGCCAAGAGGGCCUAUAAGACAUGGAGCAAAAGUACUGUUUUGACUCGUCAACAGCUAAUGUUCAAAUUUGCUCGGCUACUGAGAGAAAAUCAGAGCAAAUUGGCUGCUAAAAUCACUGAAGAGCAAGGGAAAACUAUAGCCGAUGCUGAGGGCGAUGUGCUUCGAGGAAUUCAGUCAGUGGAGCAUUGCUGUAGCAUCACAUCGCUUCAGCUCGGCGACAGCAUCCAAAACAUCGCCAAAGACAUGGACACGCAUAGCUACAAGGUGCCACUUGGAGUUGUUGGAGGUGUUGCAGCCUUCAAUUUCCCGGUGAUGAUCCCACUGUGGAUGUUCCCGCCAGCGCUGGUAACCGGAAACACGUGUAUAAUCAAGCCUUCUGAGCAGGAUCCUGGAGCCACGCUCAUGAUGAUGGAGCUCCUUCAGGAAGCCGGGGCUCCUCCGGGCGUUGUUAAUAUCAUUCACGGGACACACGGUGCGGUGAACUUCAUAUGCGACCAGCCGGAGAUCAAGGCCGUAUCCUUCGUCGGUGGCGACGCCGCCGGAAAACACAUCUACACUAGAGCUUCGGCUGCUGGCAAACGUGUCCAAAGCAACAUGGGCGCCAAGAAUCACGGGGUGAUAAUGCCGGACGCGAACAAGGAGCACACGCUCAACCAGCUCGCCGGCGCGGCCUUCGGAGCGGCCGGUCAACGGUGCAUGGCGCUCAGCACUGCGGUCUUUGUCGGCAGUGCUAAGGAGUGGAUCCCUGACCUGGUGAAGCGUGCGCAAGCUUUGAAGGUCAAUGCGGGUCACGUGCCCGGCACCGACGUGGGGCCCGUCAUCUCGGUAGCCGCCAAGGACAGAAUCUUAAGGCUUGUGGAGUCAGGUGUAAAGGAAGGCGCUAAAUUGGCUCUCGACGGUCGCGCGGUCAAAGUACCCGGAUUCGAGAAAGGCAAUUUCGUCGGGCCCACUAUCAUCACCGACGUGACGCCGAGCAUGGAGUGUUACAAAGAGGAAAUAUUCGGGCCGGUUCUCGUCUGUCUGUUCGUUGAGACCCUCGACGAAGCGAUUCAGAUGAUCAACUCAAACCCGUACGGGAAUGGAACGGCUAUUUUCACCACUAAUGGUGCGACGGCUAGGAAGUUCUCCGCGGAUAUCGACGUCGGUCAAGUGGGCGUCAACGUGCCCAUUCCCGUGCCGCUGUCGAUGUUCUCGUUUUCGGGAACGCGCGGCAGUUUUCUGGGAACGAACCACUUCUGCGGGAAGCAGGGCCUCGACUUCUACACCGAACUGAAGACGGUCGUCUCGUUCUGGCGGGAGAGCGACGUGUCGCACGCGAAACCGGCCGUGUCUAUGCCCACACAACAAUAGUUUAAUUAAAAAAAAAAAAGUUCUAAUAUCUUUCGAAUUAUUUGAAGAAGGUUUUUGUACGAUUUUUUUUAAAGCGACGGAGCGAAAUUCUCAUUUCAAUUUUAUAGAAAAUGUUUGGUGAUUUUUAAAUGGCAUCGGAACUUGUUUGUAAAGAAGUGCAUUAGCUAAACUUUUUGGGGUAACAUACGUGUUAAUGUCUUAGUAGCGCCGAAAUAACUCUCCCCAACCUUUGAGCUGGGUUACUACUACGCGGCAGAAAUUAGCAGUGUGGUAGUUAGUACCCACCCGUGUCGACUCAUGACCAAAGGAACCGCAAGACUUAAAGUGGCCUAAAAGGUCAAUUUUCGCUUUUGAUGUCCAAAUGGAUGAACAUUACAACUGUAUUCGCGUGUAGUUCUAAGAAUACUGUCGACUACGUGUUGUUAUUUUCCCACUGAAGUCUUCCAUCUUUCUAGAUACUUAAAGUAUAUAUUUUAUUAGUUAUAUUUUUCACGAUUAAAAAAUAUAUUUUUAAUAAACAAUUUUGUUUUGAAA